AUGGUGUGUUUGGUGGCAGUGGCGGCGGUACUUGCUCAGGACGAACCACCAGACUCUCAGCAGCAGCUGGACUUCACACCUUUCACUGGGCCAGGGUCAGGUGGGGGUGGGGAAGGUGGAGGAAGAGGGGAAGGUGAGGGGGGAGGGGACGAGCAGCAGGCAGGGUCUUCCAGGCAGGGCGCGGACGCUGCCAACGGUGGUGGGAACGGGGAUGGAGGUAUCAGUGCUGGGGCAUAUGGCACUGUCAGCAUCCCACCCCCACAGAACAACAGGCCCUCUUCCAGCGGCUCAGCGCAGCUGUCUGUUCAGAACUUGAUCAACCCUCAGCUCGUCACGUCUGUGAAGAAUGCCAUCGCUGGAGCAGCAUCGGCAGCUGCGGCUCAGAAGGCAGCAGCAGCAAAGGCGGUCGCAGGAGCAGUGGCGACAAAGGCAGCGUCGACGGCAGUGAGCAUUGCGGGGGCGGCGGCCUACAAGGCAGGGGUAGCAACGCGGCUGAAGCUGCAGGCACUGGCCAACGCGGUGCGCAGGCCGAGACCCAGACCCACUGGCACCUCGAGGCCGCCAGCCACCGGCGCCCCGCCGGUCAGCCCGGAACCCUCGCUGGCCCCCGUGCCGGAGCCCGCCCCUGGGGGUGGCGUCCCAGGCGGUGACGUUAGUGGCGGCGGUGUCAGUGGAGGCAGAGGUGGCGGAGGCAGCAGAGGUAACGGUCAGGGCGACGGAGGUCUGCUGGGCGACUUUGGAGACACACUGGCCUUCCCUGGAGGUGAAGCUGGCUUCCAGGGCACAGGGUUCGACUUUGGAGUGGGCUUUGGCGCCGGUGAAGGUGUCGCAGAUGGAGGACAAGGGGCUGUUGGCGCACAUCCGCAGUUUUCAUUUGACCACCUGCAAGGUGGUUUUGGAGGCAGCGAGUUUGGAUUUGGCUUUGGCUCCUACGUUCCGGUAGGUGGAGAUGUCGGAGGAGGGCACCACAUUUGGUGACAGUGCCUGACGCAGAAUGUUAGCAAAUCCAAAGACUGAAAAAUACCAUAUAAUCAACAUUCCUAAGCUGUCAAGGACAAACACUUGACUUCUCUCACUGUAUCUGACACAUUCCAUUGUUUCUUUGUUCACUUGAGACAUGUCAACACAUCACAAAUAUGGUAUCCACUAGUGACUGACUCAUUUGUAGUAAAAUUUUGAACAUUUCAAAUGACUUAGCUGCUAUGAAAUAUAAUUACAAUCUUCAGUGAAAGAUGUAAGUGAAAUUCAGAAAAUAAAACAGUAAGAGGGCUAAAAAUUCUGUCACUUGGGCACACUUUGAUAAUUCACACUCAGUUUCUUUUGACAUAUCAUAUUUGGAUAAUAUCUCAGGCUCUUAAUGGAUGUUUCCAUUUGUUAGUAAGAAAUGAGCAACUAUAAUUUGGAAAUUAGUUUGUAUUCUCCUUUCAUGCUCUGUACCCAAUGUAUGAUGCACUAUGUUACAUCAAAGCCACAGAGUUGUAUUAAUUGUUUUAGUCUUCAGUCCAAAGACUGGUUUAAUGCAGCUCUCCAUGCUACUCUAUCCUGUGCAUGCCUCUUCAUCUCUGAAUAACCACUACAACCAACAUCCCUUUGAAGUACUUACUGUGUUCAUCCAUUAGUUUCCCCUCUACAAUUUUGUCCUUUACACUCCCCUCCAUUAGCAAAUGGUUUCUUGACACUUCGGGAUGUGUCAUAUCAACUGAGCCCUUCUUUUAGUCAACUUGUGACAUAAAUUUCACUUUUCCCCAAUUCUAUUCAAUAUCUCCCAUCUGCAAUUCAACCUACCCACCUAAUCUUCAGCAUUCUUCUGUAGCACCACAUUUCACAUUUCAUGUCUGAAGUGCUUACCAUCCACAUUUCACUACCAUACAAGGCUACACUCCAGACAAAUAGCUUCAUAAAACACUUUCUAAUUCUAAAAUUGAUAUUAGAUCUUAAUAAACUCCUCUUUGUCAGUUUGCUUCUUAUAACAUCUCUACAAUAGCAAAUCCCAUCUACCACUUUUAGUGUCUCAUUUCGUAAUAUAAUUCUCUUAGCAUCGCCUAAAUUAAUUUGAUGUCAUAGAAAAUUUUAUGUCACAGAGACGGCGCUGAAUUUUCAUAUAAUGUAGCAUACUCCACAAACAAGAAGUGCAUACAGAACGUCUGACACAAAGUUAUUCACAGCAUCAUUGUUAACAUUAUAAUUUAAACAAGGUACCAGUUGUACUUACUUUGUGAUCUCUUUACAUCAAAUGUCCAUUUCUAUAAACAAAUAACUGUAUAACGACUGUUCAAAAUUUUUUAGAAAAGUGUCAGACCUCAUUAUACAUCUGUAAGAACAUACCCAGAGGAUGGGAGGGGGCAGUGGAGGCCAACUGAUUCCUCCCCUCCAAGAAGAAAGAGGGCAGAAAAAAAGAACUUAAAAAAACCAAACUCUCAUCCUAGCAAGCCAGACAGACAGAUAUAUCAACUGAGUAUCAGUUUGAAGAAGAGCAGAACAUGUAGUGAACACCGACUAGUAUCAAUUGUAUCCAAAUUAUUUGUCAUGAAAUCUCAAAACUCUUUUGCCACUGUUCUCCUUACAACUAAAAAUGCCAGAUAGCUCUGGUUUCUAAAAGCUUUGAGUAGCAUUAUACCUUCAGUUCACAAUGUUUUCUCUCAUCCUAGCAGCCACUGUCGAAACCUAUUACAACUGAGAAUACGUAAAAUCAUCCCAAGCAUAUGAAGUUGCCUGACACAAAAAUAAUAUGCAUAUUUUCCUCAAUCAAAUCAUUUACCUAACCAUCCUUACUGAAAACAGAUCAAUAUUUAACUUAUAGUUUUGAAUAUUAUUGUGCUGUCAUUUGAUGUCACUCUGUCAUGGACUUUAAAAAAAAUGUUAUGUUGCACAGCACGGGGAACAUUCAACUAAUGCAUUUUCAAACUGAAAGAGACAAAAGGAAUUCAAAUUGCAGACAGUACAGGUAAGCUAAUGUCGUCCUCUACCAGUGCUUCAAAACAGACAUUUCUCGUUUCCAUGCUGUAGUUAAUGAAACAUGAUGAUGUCAACUGACAACAUAAAGAAUGAAAAGGAGAAAGUGGUGGCAUUAAUACGUUUGGUAAUUAAUCACAGUUUUUCAACAGUUUUGACUUUUGUUUUGUAAUAAGUUGGAUAUUAUUCCCUCAACCUCUCCCACUUUCAAGAAACUAAUGUGAGUUCUCUACCCUCCUGCCCCACACUGCCUAUCCCCCAAGCUCAGAUUCUGUCUAUACUUUUGUAUUACACACUGCACCUAUAUAUUGUCAGAAGGCUCUACAUUGAAAUAUCAUACUAGUAAGCUAUGGACAUCUAGCUAGUUUCCCCAAAAUUUUGUGGAACAAUCAAUGUGGGAAGAAAGUUUUAAAUGCCUGGCUAUUUUUUAUAUUAGAAAUGUUUGUGAAAUUCAUAAUUCAAAUGCCUGUAUUUUUGAGUGACUUGAAUACUGGACAUUAAAGUAGAACAUAGAUGUGUGUCUACCAUGUAGUGGCUUGCUCCUGAUAAAAAUGGUUGAACUUAUUGUUAAAAACUGAAAUGUCAUCCAAAUGUAGUGUGAACAGAGAACUGACUGCGUUUUAUCUUAAAGAACAUUUCAUGUUGAUGUAACCUACAUUUAAGCAAUAUAAAUGAGACUGAAUUUUGUAUGUGUGUCAAGUAGUAAUCUCUUGUUUCCUGGGACAUGGGAUUUUAAUAUGAGCCAUGUAAUUUCAUUUGACUUUAAACCAAAAAGAAAAUACCACAAGUGUCAAAAAAGUAAGCAGAAUACUGUACAUAUUUAUAUCAUUACAGUGCAAUGAAGACACUCUUUAUACAACUACUGAACUAUUGCCUUGUUAUGCAAUUCAUAAGUAAUCAUGCAUUACACGAUUCAAAUCAUAUAUUUGUGCCUUUCAAAAUUCCGUGUCAUUUAAAACAGAGAAUGUAUGAAAUAGAG